AUGGCGGAAUAUACGCAAUCGUUGGAAUUUUUUGACCGUCAGCACGACCAGCAAAACCUGAUUCUUGCAUUCAUUGUCACGUUGAUAAGUAUCUGUGGUUUGAUUGGAAACUUUCACGUUGUCCUUGUCUACACCUGUCGUUUGACGACUAAGACUACGUUUAAGGGUUGCAUCGUGUGGCUGGCAGCUCUAGACCUUCUCAACUGUGUCAUUGUUAUGCCAAUGGACAUCACAUACUUCAUACAUCCCUAUUCCGUCUACAAUUCCUCCGGAUGUAAACUGAAGCACUAUUUGGGACAAUUUGUUACCUUCUCAGCCGUGGCCGUCACAUUGGUCAUCGCUAUUGACAGAUACAGGAAGGUAUGUAAACCGACAUAUCGCCAAAUUCGGUACCGUGAAGGGAGACUACUAUGUGGUGGCCUCGUCUUGAUAUUUGCUUUAACGCUCAUACCUGUGCCAGUUAUGAUGGGUCUUGAAAACGUGGAAAACGUGGCGUACAAUGUCACUCUACAGAAGUGUGGCAUUGAUCAAUCGUUCAAAGAUUCGGUUGUUCCGAAGGUGGUCAUAUACCUUUUUGUGUGUGUUCUCUACGUGGCAUCGUUGGCAGUUGUUGGUAUCUAUUUUCAGCUGGGAAAGUAUCUUCGUCAACGAAACAAAAAAUUGUGCAUCCCUACCGCCAUACGUCGACGUAUUUCUCGAAAAGAGACAUUUUCCAAAGCUGACCUGCUGAAAAUGCAAGCCGACCCUUCGUAUCAUCCUUCUCCAUCGCCGACGCCUUCCACUUCCUCGGACGAGAGCAACUUCAUAUCUGAAACACAGCCAAGAAGUGUGUUCUAUAACAAAAAUGGUGAUAGUCCAGAGUACCGUUUUGACGACAUGCAGACACGACUUAACGACAUAAAAUACAGCGAGUCUGAUAUUGAUAGCGGCCUGGUUACGUGCAGUCAAAUUAGCAGGGAUCAACGAGGCAUUGUUAAUACUAGGAAAAGAAAAGCCGCAAUCACCUCAAUUGCUUCAAUACCAGAUGAUGCUUGGCCGGAUGCUUAUGAAAACGACGAUUUAAUGAGUUCUAAAACAAAUGUUGAAACGAAAGAAAACAAUCAGUAUAUGCAAAGUAAUGAAGCUAAUCGUGAUAUAGAAAACAUUCCGGAUAUAUCUGGUGCUCACCAAGAAACACAUGAUGAUAAUUCUCACAUUUGUCGUGCCAUUGACAAAUAUUCCGAAGAGACAACAGAAUUGACACGGAAUCAAAUCACGAGAAAAGCAAAAGUAGAGCUCACCGAUUCUAUCGACAGUUGCAAGUCGUCUAAGAGACUUGUUGAUACAUUAGACACGAACGUGGAUACAUCGAACUGCCUGACAACCUCAACUGACCAGAAUCGAAAGCUGUCAGAUGUCAGCGGUGGGCGGCUCCCUACAAAGUCACGGAUCUGCAAUUCUGUAUUUUACAACAGAAUAUCUACAAAUAUUAAUCACAAUGUGUUUCUAUCAGAAAAACGUGAACGGAGACAGCAACGUAACAACACUGUGGUUAAGAUGUGUUACAUAAUAGCGGUGGUUUGCCUGAUGUGUCUGCUUCCGGCCACCGUAACAUUUCUUCUGACAUUCGCAAAAAUGGACAAAAGAUCGACAUUGCACCAUAAAUGA